AUGCACUUUUCAAUCCUUACUUUGGGCAUGUUGCCCUUGGCCAUCCACGCAGCGCCUGCACCCCAAGGCACUGAGCCACCGUCCCCAGGCCCUGGAGUCCCCAACAUGGGGUUUGAGUUGUACGCAUAUGGACAGGAGUUUGGCGGUCUCUCUGUAUUCAACUGGAACGGUCUCGCCUUCCUGGGCAACGCGUCCGAAGCCGGCGACUCCGAGGCAGCUCAAGUCCAGUUCAUGCGCAGUCCCAGCAGCACUACCAGCAUGACUGGUAACCCAGUACCUGUGCCUGGCCAGGCGUCACCGUCCUGGUUCAACGUCACCUACUACAUCCCCAGUGACACCACAACCACUCAUCAGACAGGUUUCCUUGAGGCCGAUGACAUCACCACCGAUGACCUUGUCACUGGCUUUGUCUUCUAUGGCAACACAGCCGCUUGGGAAGACUCUACUGGUGAACUUCAGACCAAGUGGUACGCCCUGCCAUAUGAGGACACAAACCUCUGGACUCUCAACUGGGAUCCAAGCACCGAAUCCUCGACUGAGAAGGUUCAAGUCACUCUCCGGACAGUCACGCCAAGUGUCCCACCUCACAACCCUCCCUCCCCCAACGGUGGCCAGCCAGGCAGCGCUUCAUCGUGA